AUGCUGGUGAAUGAUCUGUUUGAAGAUAUCAAAGAUGGGGUAAUGUUAAUUGCUCUUUUGGAGGUUCUUUCAGGGCAGAAGCUGCCUUGUGAGCAGGGGCGUCAGCUGAAGAGAAUUCACUGGGUUGCCAACAUUGGCACAGCUCUUAAGUUUCUAGAAGGAAGACGGAUUAAACUUGUCAACAUAAACUCAACUGAUAUUGCUGAUGGUAGACCUUCUAUCGUGCUUGGCUUGGUGUGGACCAUAAUUUUAUAUUUUCAGAUUGAAGAGCUUACCAGCAACCUCCCACAGCUGCAGUCGUUGUCAAGCAGCGCUUCUUCUGUGGAGAGUGUUGUCAGUUCAGAAACUGCGAGUCCCCCAAGCAAACGGAAGGUGGUAACCAAGAUCCAAGGAAGUGCCAAGAAGGCUUUGUUAAAAUGGAUACAGUACACAGCAGCCAAGCAAGUUGGAAUCGAAAUCAAAGAUUUUGGACAAAGUUGGAGGAGUGGUGUUGCGUUUCAUUCUGUUAUUCACGCCAUCCGCCCAGAUUUAGUGGACAUGGAGAAAGUGAGGGAAAGAUCAAAUAAAGAAAACCUGGAAGAAGCCUUCACACUCGCAGAAGCAGAACUAGGAAUUCCAAGGCUACUUGAUCCAGAAGAUGUGGAUGUUGACAAGCCAGAUGAAAAGUCUGUCAUGACCUAUGUAGCCCAGUUUUUGAAGUACUAUCCUGAUCCUCAUCAUACAGUGACUGAUGUGCAGGAGAAUGAUGAACUUCAAGCAAUUCCAACUUUUGUCAUUUCUUUUAUGAAAUUUAAGAAGGAAGACAGACUGGUGCUGAGAGACCUGAAAGUGUGGGCUGAACAAUUAGAAAGGGACAUAGCCCGAGCACAGGUUGCAGAAGCAAGCUUACAGGAGAAAUACCAGUCCUUUAAGCAUUUCAGAGUACAAUAUGAGGUAAAAAGGAAGCAGAUUGAACUUGUAACCCAGUCAUUAAGGAAAGAUGGUAAGUUAUCACUUGAUCAAGCUAUGGUGAAGCAAGCAUGGGACAGAGUUUCUUCCAGGCUACUUGAUUGGCACAUACACCUUGAUAAAUCUCUUCCUGCACCUUUGGGUACCAUAGGUGCUUGGCUCUAUAGAGCAGAGGCUGCUCUGAGGGAAGAAGUAACUGUUCAACAAGCUCAUGAGGAAACAGCGAAUAUAAUACACCGGAAGCUUGAACAACAUAAGGAUCUGCUGAAAAACAUAGAUGGUCACAAAAAGGCAUUCCAUGAGAUCCACGGGGCCAGGUCUGUUAAUGGAGUGCCUGUUCCAUCUGACCAAUUAGAGGAUAUGGCAGAGAGGUUUAAUUUUGUUGUCUCUUCAUCUGAGCUCCAUCUGCUGAAGAUGGAGUUUCUGGAACUGAAGUACCGUCUACUGUCACUCUUAGUCCUUGCAGAAUCCAAGUUAAAAUCAUGGAUUAUCAAAUACGGAAGGCGAGAGUCGGUGGAACUACUUCUUCAAAAUUAUAUUUCUGUUAUCGAAAACAGUAAGUUCUUUGAGCAGUAUGAAUUUACUUACCAGAUCUUGAAAAGAGCAGCUGAAAUGUAUGCCAAAGCAAAUGGCUCAGUGGAAGAAGUGGAGAAUGUGAUGAAAUUCAUGAAUGAAACAACAGCGCAGUGGAGAAACCUCUCGGUAGAGGUGAGAAGUGUAAGAAGCAUGUUGGAAGAAGUAAUUGCUAAUUGGGACAGAUACAGCAGCACUGUGGCAGGUCUACAAGCUUGGCUGGAAGAUGCUGAAAAAAUGUUGAAUCAGCCUGAACAUUCUAAAAAGGAUUUUUUCCGGCAUUUGCCUCAUUGGAUCCAACAACACACAGCCAUGAAUGAUGCUGGUAAUUUCCUGAUUGAAACAUGUGAUGAGACCAUUUCCAGAGACCUUAAACAGCAGCUUCUUCUAUUAAAUGGAAGGUGGAGAGAACUGUUUAUGCAAGUUAAGCAGUAUGCUCGAGCAGAUGAACUGGACAAAGUGAGGAAGGAAUACUUGGAUGGUGUUGCCCAUUUGACAGCUUUUAUUGAUGGAAGCAAUAGGAAAUUUUCAGUCCCCAUAGAAGUGUCCUUCCUUGAUGUCAAGAUGUUUGUACAAGAAUUAGAAAAUAUUAAGCAGAAAUUGCCUGCAAUGGAAGCUCAGUACAAAAUGGUUACAAGAACAGCGCAACUUGUUACAAAAGAAGUUUCCCAAGAGGAAGUGAAUGAAGUGCUUGGAACUUUGACAAGAAUCAAAGAGCAGCUGAGCAAGGUUAAGGAGUAUUCUUGUGCCUUGCUGUAUGAAUGCCAGCGUCUGCUGUCUCCACUGGAAGAACUGGAGAAACAAAUCACACACUUUUAUGAAUCUCUUGAAAAAGUCAAUGAAAUAAUUUCUAUCCUGGAUCCUGAAGCACAACCUACAACUCUUCUUAAACAAAAAGCCCAA